CAAUCCGUACAUCCACGCGCAAUUGCGGAGAACGGAGAGCGGAGAGCGGAGAGCAAAACCUCGAUUCAAAAGGAGGCGAAACCUGCACAUCCGCAACGCAAUCUUUGCGAAAACACUCAUUUCCGAUCCCCUAAAAUCCGCAAUCCCGCGAGAGCAGAAUUCAGAGAGCUAACAGACGGUGCAACAGCUCCCUAAAGAAGAAGGCCGAGAAGAAGCACUCCAAGGAGUACGAGAAGGCGCGCGAGCGAUACCCAUCGCCCGACUACUAAGCGUCCAACCAUGGUCUAGUUCGCGCGCUCUAAACACAUAUAUACCACAUACCCCAGUAUGUAUGUAUUUGAGCCGCAACCAGGGGACGACACCAUUUGCCUAACCCGAAAACCGGGGGAUGCGCAUCGGAGAGAUAUCCCACAUUACAUAUCCACGCAUCGCAAACCUAACCCACGUAAUUUCAGCACAUGUCGUUUAUUUAACCUUUUUAGCGGCCGAUCGCCUCGCGCCAUCCCUUUUCCCCCUGUAUGUACAUCAUGUACGGGGUGUGUAUAUGUAUGUGCGUGUGCUGUGCGUGGGUUGCCACCACGCACGCGAGAUCCGGGGUUGCGUGCUGCGAGAUCAGAAAAAAAAUGUCUCUCGCGCCCAACGACGCAUCGCAUAUGCACACACCCCCUCCCUCACUUCACUUCCUGAUUUCCCCCUCCUAAAAAAGAAUUUCGUUUCUGCGCGUACAUACCCCUUGAUUGUUUUUAUUUUUCUUCAUGUAAGUUGGUUUGGAAACAGAAAAUUUCUCACAUGGCGGAGGGGGAAAGCUAGUUCGAUGAUUUUGUUGUGGGCGGCGGUGGGAAAAAGAAAUUCGACAAAAAAGACGCCUGUUAUUUUUUGCGUCGCUGCUUUAUGGCCGGCGGCGUGGUACGUAUCGCGAGGUGUGUGGGUAGGGAGACGCAGCGCAAAUCCCGUUCUCUGUUCCUGCAUAACCUUACCUGCUGCCCACGCGAAACGCAUGCGCUGACGCACAGCGAAGCGGGCCGGCGGUUAGCUAGUCGAGCAGGGUCUGUUUCACGAGGUUACGAGUUAUGAUUGGAUGAUUUCGGACGAUCUGGGGGUGCCAUGGCUUAAAAGCACACCAUCUUUUAUCUCUAGCAGGGUGCGGGUGACGGGAUGACGCACGUCUGACCGGUGAACCGGUUCC